GAGGGGUUGUUUCCUGGUCCCAACAUGGCAGCGCUCAGUCCCUUUCCUACGGAAGGAAAUGGGGGAGAGUGAAGCCUGAGUUAGCGGGCUGGGGCCACAAGUUGCGUGGAGAGGGGAUGAGGUGACGGUUGCCAUGGCGAGCGACGGAGGCAGGAAGCAGUUCUGGAAGCGGAGCGGCGCGAAGGUGCCGGGCAGUAUUCAACAUGUCUAUGGAGCUCAGCAUCCACCUUUUGAUCCAUUAUUACAUGGAAUCUUGAUAAAACCAGGUUCAAAGCCACCUAGUACUCCAGUGAAACUAAAGAAAGUUAGCACUUUCCAAGAAUUUGAAAGUAACACAAGUGAUGCUUGGGAUCUUGGGGAUGAUGAUGAUGAACUCUUAGCAAUAGCUGCUGAAAACUUAAAUACGGAAGUGGUCAUGGAAACCGCUCACAAAGUAAUUCAGAAUCACAGCAAGCUACAAGAACAGCAUAAGUUUCAGGAAGAACAUCUAGAGGAAGAAAAACAAGCAGAAUCUGCAGAGCUGAUGUCGAUUGUUUGUGGUGAUAAUAGGCUUGUUAAAUCAGUCAGUGAAGGUCAUACAAGAAGUUCAUCAGAUAAUGGUAGUGAAAAUUCUUCCAUGCAGAGAUCACAGUCCCUUCCACAAACUUCCACAUCUCCCUUGGUGAGUGGAAUGUCAGAAUAUAAUACCUCAGCUACUACUGCAUUAAAUGAAAGAGAUGCAUUCCGAUUAGACAAAUUUAAACAGCUACUUGCUGGCCCCAAUACAGAUCUUGAAGAAUUACGGAAAUUGAGUUGGUCUGGCAUUCCCAAAAAGGUUCGUCCGAUUGCAUGGAAGCUUCUUUCAGGCUAUCUUCCUGCAAAUGUGGACCGAAGAGAAAGCACUUUACAAAGAAAACGCAAAGAGUAUUUUGCAUUUGUUGAACAAUACUAUGAUUCCAGAAAUGAUGAAAAUCACCAAGAUACCUAUAGACAGAUCCAUAUAGAUAUCCCACGCAUGAGUCCUGAAGUUUUAAGACUUCAGCCCAAAGUAACAGAGAUCUUUGAAAGAAUUUUGUUUAUCUGGGCAAUACGUCAUCCAGCCAGUGGAUAUGUUCAGGGCAUGAAUGAUCUUGUUACUCCUUUUUUUGUAGUCUUCGUUUGUGAAUAUAUAGAAGAGGAGGAAGUGGAAAAUUUUGAUGUUUCCAGUCUGCCUGAAGAAGUGCUGCAGAACAUAGAAGCUGACAGUUACUGGUGCAUGAGCAAGCUGCUUGAUGGCAUUCAGGAUAACUAUACAUUUGCACAGCCAGGAAUUCAGAAGAAAGUGAAAAUGUUGGAAGAACUUGUUAGUCGAAUCGAUGAACAGGUUCAUAAGCACUUGGAUCAGCAUGAGGUGAAAUACUUGCAAUUUGCUUUCCGUUGGAUGAAUAACCUGCUGAUGAGAGAAGUCCCUUUACGGUGUACCAUCAGGUUAUGGGACACAUACCAAUCUGAACCAGAGGGUUUUUCUCACUUUCACCUGUAUGUCUGCGCUGCCUUCCUUGUCAGGUGGAGGAAAAAGAUCCUGGAAGAGAAAGAUUUUCAAGAGUUGCUGAUAUUUUUACAAAACCUGCCCACAGUACACUGGGGAAAUGAAGAAAUCAGUGUACUACUAGCAGAGGCCUACAGACUGAAGUUUGCAUUUGCGGAUGCCCCUAAUCAUUACAAGAGAUGAAUACAAGAGCCAGAAAUCAUUAAGACCUGAUGUUCUCCAGUAUUAUGGCAUGUGUCGUCCUGGUUGUGCUUUCAGCUCAUUGCUUUUUUCAUUUGCAUUAAGAUGACCAUUAAAAUUCUGUUAGAAUUUGCAGAAUGAGAAUGGAAUACCAAAGAAAUGGCCAAAGCAGGAUAUUGAGCAUUGAAUGAACUUGAAAGUGAACUUUUCUGUUCAACAUGAAAAACGAGUUCAGAAGUCUGUCACUUAGUUUUUUUUCUUUUUACUCCUCUCUCUAAUUAGGAGAAUUGCAGUCUGUCUGGUUUCCGUUGAGCAGUUCGUAUGU